GUGAGGUUAGGUUCAAACCUCAGUACGUAUCGCGCGUUGAGUGUUUUGUCGUGAUAGACAUUGUAUAAAAAUUUAAAUUUGAAUAGUAUCGAGCGACGAAUUACAGCGCUUCCCUCGAGCUGAUGAAGACAUAAUUAAUCGGCUUUUACCAUGAAUAUCUCGAUAAGUUUAGCAUCGAAGAAGACCCGACAUGGCAUUCUCAAACCGACUUCGAAUCCACCAGUCAUAUUUACACCCGGUGAAAAGAUUAGAGAUGAAGCAGGAUUUAUGAGAGGACAUGGAACUUACGUAUCGGCGGGCUCAUUAAAAGCAACUGUGGCAGGAGUAGAACAAAAUAUUAAUAGACUAGUUACAGUUAGCCCAUUGCGAUGUCGAUAUAAUGGAGAGAUUGGUGAUGUAGUGAUUGGUCGAAUUACAGAAUUAGUGCACAAACGCUGGAAAGUAGAUUUAAAUGCAAGGCUAGAUGCUGUUCUACUAUUAACAUCUAUUCAGCUACCUGGCGGAGAAUUAAGAAGAAGAGGUAUGGAAGAUGAACAGUCUAUGCGAAAUUACCUAAGUGAAGGUGACUUGAUUAGUGCUGAAGUACAUUCCAUAUUUGCUGAUGGUUCUUUAUCAUUACAUAUGCGAAGCUUGAAGUAUGGCAAGUUAGGACAAGGUGUAUUAAUAAAAGUACAAUCCAGUCUAAUAAAACGUAGUAAAAACCAUUUUCAUAACCUGACAGUUGGAAUAAGUAUCAUACUUGGGAAUAAUGGUUAUAUAUGGAUUGAACCAACAUCAAAUGAUAAUAAAGAUUUAGUUGGACUCGAAGAUGAGUUUGAACAGGUGGUUGAUAUUGGUGAUAGACAAACAAUAUCAAGAGUACGCAAUGUAAUAUUAGCAUUGUCUUAUUAUAAAAUGCUUAUUUAUGAUACAAGUAUACAGUUUGCCUUAGAAGAAUCAAAAAAAUAUACUGUAUCUGAUUUGUUAACUGCAGAAGCUUGUUAUGAUAUUGCAAAUCUUACACGUCAUCGCUUACAAAUUAUGGAUGAAUAAUUCAGAAUAAGUCAUGAAAAUUUUAAUCGUGUACCAACAUUUUAAAAUUUAUUUUCGUGCUUUUAUUUUUUACUGUUACUCUAAUAAAUUGAAGAAAAGAUA